GACAAGCCAGCGACAAUGGAACUGCCUAUCCCAUUGGAUUUGCCAAAAGAAAAAUUGGAGGAAUUAGUAGAUAAAGCAAAGGAUUGGGCUCUUAUGAAUGGCGUGUGCUUGAGAUCGAAGAAAAAUUUUGACAGAGACGUCCUGCAAUUCGCGCCGUUCGCGCUUUUUCCAUCGCCAUUCCCCCGAGAGGAGUUUUACAACGCCUGUGAUAUCCAGAUCAUUUUGAAUGCACUCAUACACAGAGUAGCUCAUGAUUACGAAUUUUUGAAAGAUACGUUGCAUGAGACUGUAAAGGUGGACGAUUUUACCAGAAACUUGUUCAAUAUCUACGAGAUCAUUCACGAGGAAGGGGCUGCUCAGAAGAUAUCUCUCGGCAUGCUGCGAUCGGAUCUAAUGCUAGACACAAGCUGUCCGAGGAAAGACACUAAAAUACUCAAGUCUCACUGCUGCUGGAAGCAAGUCGAGAUAAAUACAAUCGCUUCUGGAUUCGGUUGGCUAGGACCCGCGUCCACGCAGCUACACAAGUUUGUCCUGCAGGAGCUCGGCUACACGGCCGAGCUGAAAAACCUUCCUGAAAAUAAUGCUCUACAAGCACUUUGUUCGGGUUUAUUAGAAGCAUGGAACUUAUAUGGCGAUCCACAAGCAGUUAUUUUGUUUGUUAUCGAAGAUGUUACGUAUAACAUUUGCGAUCAACGUUUCCACGAGUACGAGAUACGCAAGCAGAAUCCGAAUGUAAAAGUAAUUCGCAGAAGUCUAACGCAAUUGGCGGCCGCUGCGAAACUGGGUCCCAACAAGGAGCUAAUAGUGAACAAUUACGUCGUGGCGGUUGUUUACUACAGAAGCGGCUACGAGCCCGGGCAGUAUCACGCCCAAAAAGAAUGGGACGCGAGACUGCUGAUCGAGAGAUCAUUGGCAAUUAAAUGCCCGAGCAUUCAGUAUCACUUAGCCGGUACAAAGAAGGUUCAACAAACUCUCGCCAAGCCCGGCAUGGUUGCGCGUUUCUUGAAGGACGAGAAGACGGCGGCGAAAGUCAAAGAAGUAUUCACAGGCCUUUAUCCGCUGGAGUUUGACGAAUACGGGGACGCCGCUGUAGAAAUGGGCAUUUCGAAUCCUCAGCGUUUCGUGUUGAAGCCGCAGCGAGAAGGUGGCUGCAAUAACUUGUACGGGACGGAUAUCAAAAAUUUUUUGGAAUCUGUGAAAUCUGACCAGACCCGAGUAGCCUGGAUUCUUAUGGAUCGGAUUUAUCCACCGGUGCACAGAAACUAUACUGUGAAAUAUGGGAAUGGAAAUAGUAAUUUAGAGACGAAGGAGCUGGUCUCGGAGUUGGGCAUAUUCGGCGUUAUCAUUGGAGACGAUCAGAAUAUUAUAGUGAACAGGCAAGCUGGUCACAUGUUAAGAACAAAAUUAUCCACUGACAACGAAGGCGGUGUGGCGACCGGUCUAGCUUUACCCGAUGUUAUACACGCGGUGGCCAAGUAUGAAGUGGGGCACGAACCGCGAGAGAUCUUUUUCUUCCGAGAAGGUAGCAUUGUUAUGUGGAAUAUUUCUGACCUCGAGUGCGGCAACCUAUUGCAAUUUUUGAGACGCUACGAGCAAAAUCGUUAUGUGGAGGAGCUGGUUUAUACCGAAAGCGAGUUAAUGAAUUAUGCCUAUGCGGAUCCCGGGAAAAGGAGCCACUUGAAGGAUGGCGAUAUCAUUCUGGCGCAGGAAGCGGGGAAUUUGGACAAGUACACGUUCUCCAAUGCCAUGGCACAGUCGGUCAAGUUAGGCAUAUGGGAGGCGUCGUUAAAUCGCUACGUCGACUCGAUCGAAUUCGUUACGGAGGAUCUAAGAGCGGGCAAGCGGAUUCAGAUGUCACAGCACGAGGUGUUGAAGAAACAGGGCGAACUGUUCGCCCUCAGACACCGGAUCAACCUGACGUCGGAUCUGUUGGAUACACCGGAUUUCUACUGGGAACGAGACGACUUGGAGAACUUGUACCAACAGACCUGCGGAUAUUUCAGCAUCGCGAAACGUACGAAAGUGAUGAACGAGAGAUUAAAUCACUGCUUGGAGCUGGUGAGCAUUUUGUCGUCGCACUUGAGCGACCGCCAUCACGUUCGUUUGGAGUGGAUGAUUAUCGUACUUAUUAUGGUGGAGGUCGCCUUCGAGGCUUUACACUACGUCGAGCGGUACCUCGUGGAAUAGCGACCUAGUAAUAAUAUAGAAUAUCGUUGAUGUUAUCGAAAAACCAAAUGAUCUAGGUAUUACUGUGUAUAUAUUUCCUAUACAUUACUGACAUAUUCUGGUCUAAAAAUAUCGCCUAUUCGAGUUCUUA